AUGGGUGAAAUCGAUGGUGAAAUCUAUCGUGAAGAAGUCAGGCGUCUCUUAGUGGCCACGCAGUGCGGAGGCCCUGGGCAACUCGCCGUAGUCAAGGGGCUACUCAAGAAAGGCAUCUCCACGGAGGUGAAGGACAAGGAGCAUGGCCGGACACCGCUGUUAUGGGCCGCUUGGGCGGGUCGUGAACAAAUGGUUGACUUACUCCUCCGCAACGGUGCCAAUGUCAACGUCAAAGACAAAAGCGGUCAAACACCACUAUUGCUGGCCGCUUGGACGGGGCAGGAAACACUACUUCAUAAGUUACUUGGGGCGGGUGCGCAGGUUGAUUCCGGGAAUGAUGGCGGUCGGACCCCUUUGUCGAUGGCCGCUGGACUAGGCCACAAGAACAUCCUGGCAACCCUGAUCGAGGCAAACGCUGGUGUUAACUAUACUGACGAAUGCGACCGGGCGCCGUUAUCAUGGGCUGCUGGGGCGGGGCAUUUAGAAAUCGUCCAAAUGCUACUGAAGGCUGGUGCGCGAGUUGAUUCGGAAGACUAUUGCGGUCAGACCCCUUUGUCAUGGGCUGUAAAGCACCUUGACAUUGUUAUACUACUCGUUGGUAAUAAAGCCAACGUCACUUCUAAAGAUAUCAAUGAACGGACGCCGUUACUAUGGGCCGCCGUAGGAGGAUGCCAUGAAGUUGUCGACCUGCUUAUUUCCGAAAUGCAUGUGGAAGUUAACUGUGCAGACAAAAAUGGCCGGACGCCGUUGUCGUGGGCCGCUGAACUGGGCCACGAAGCCAUUAUUGCCAGACUGCUUGAAGAAGACGUUGAGGUCGAUGCUGCUGACGACUGGAAGCGCACACCGUUAUCAUGGGCUGCUGGGGAGGGGCACAAGGCGAUAGUUCAGAAAUUAGUUGACAGAAAGGCUGCGAUAGACGCCAAAGACAGCAUAUAUGGUUGGACGCCACUAUGGUGGGCUGUCAAGAAGGGACACGAGGCUGUUGUUGAAUUGCUCCUUCAGAGUGGUGCUGGCGUUGAAGCCAAGGAUGGUCGAAGGAAACAAGAUACAAAUUGCGCCACGCUCUUGUGGUGGGCCGUUGGGAACGGACAUAAAGCGAUCGUUAAGUGGCUACUUGAGAACAGGGGGCAUUUUAACACUAAGAAUAACCUCGGUCAGACACCGCUGUGGUGGGCGGCGGGGAUGGGGAAUGAGGAUAUGAUGAAUUUGCUCCUUGGCACUCAUGACGUUAACGCGGCUGAUUAUCACGGCCAGACACCACUGUGGUGGGCCGUGGGAAACGGUCAUCUUGCAGCCGUGGAUCUCCUUACUCGUCGGGGUGCUCAGGUAAAUGUCGAGGAUAGGUACGGCCAAAGCCCCCUAACGUGGGCUGCUGGUAAGGGCUUUGAAGAGAUCACCAAGUUUCUCCUUAGGAGGAAACCCGACGUCAACCUCAAAGAUCAGUACGGAUACACGGCGCUGUGGUGGGCUGCAGCAAGCGGGAAUGAAUCUGUGGUACGGCUGCUUCUUCAGAGAGGAGCUAAUAUCAAUUCCAAGAAUAAGUACGGGCAGACGCCUCUGUGGUGGGCUGCUGGGAAGGGAUACGAAGCUAUCGUUAAGCUUCUGCUGAAGAAGGGUGCCCGUGCUGAUGCCAAAGACCGGAAAGGCCAGACGCCACUAUGGUGGGCGAAGAAGAACAGACAUGAAGCCGUAGUCGAGCUACUGGAAAAACGCCUUCGUCGGCCACGAAAAUCAACAUUCCCGUUUCUGUUGGGCCAAUCUCAUGGUGGAGAGCAUGAGUUGGCCACGUCCAUGGAUGGCCUGGAGCGGGUAGCAUGA